CCCCAUAACCUGCCCAUUGAUCAAUGGCAUUUGCACAAGAAUGUCUACAAUCCUUCAGGUCUCGUCGCGAAUGCGACAGUGCGCGAACUCGCUAGAAUCGUCCUCCAUCCAAGCCGCGCUUAUCGGCCCACAUGCAAAAAUACUCCGUUCCAAAAUCAUCCCCACCCCCACCGUAAUGACCGAGACCAAUUCUCGACACCUCUCCUCGAUUCAACACAAUCCCCGCUGGCGUGCUUCGGGAGUCCUGGACUCCUACAUAGCCCAGCCAGCGCACCCCAUAUCCCUCCGCCAACUGGUUUUCUUCGGCGGGCGCAACCUGGACGAUAAGAAGAUCAUAAACUCGGCAAACUACGUGCGCACCGAACUCCCCCUACGCAUAGCCCAUCGCAUCCGUGAUAUGCAGAAGUUGCCGUACGUUGUCGUCACGAACAGGCAUUUGUCGGCGGUGUACGAGCUGUACUAUAAAGCUUUCGAGUCCUUCCGUAAGAUUCCCGAGAUCAAGAGUCUUGAGGAUAACGAGAAGUUCUGCGAGAUUGUCAAGACAGCGCUGCAGGAGCAUCUCACCGUCAUACCGAGCCUUGCUAUGGGCGUGCUGGAGUGUAAUGAUUUGGUGCCAUCGCAUGAGUUGGACAGGUUUAUGAAUGUUAUUCUCAGGAGUGUAUGUGAGAGUGAUAUCUUUCACCGUUCUAUAUAUCCUGGGUGACUCGUUUGGCUAAGCCUCCACAUCCAGAGAAUUUCAAGAAGAGUCAUAGCCGAACAACACCUGGCGUUGACGGACACCUUCAACUCCCCCUUCCACUUCCCCGACUCCGUGAGCCACCAGCCACACGAAUUUGUCGGCGAGGUCUUCCUCCGCUGCAACGCGCGCGAAGUCGUUGAGCAGGUCGGCAAGCACACGCUAGAACUUGCACGGGAAGCCAAUGGCUCCACCUCGCCCAUCCCCGAGAUCCAAAUCGAGGGCCGCCUGGACACGACAUUCCCAUACAUUCCCUCCCACCUGGAAUACAUAAUCGGCGAGCUCCUGCGCAACUCCAUCCAAGCCACCAUAGACCACCACACUCCGCUUUCCACUUCCUCCCUCCCGCCCAUCAAAGUCCUGAUCUGCCAUACAAAGGAACACAUAAUCUUCCGCGUCUCCGACCAAGGCGGCGGCAUACCCGUAACCGAACUAGCUCACCUGUGGUCCUUUGCCAAGGCCCCCCGUGCAGCCAAUUACCUCCAGAACUUCUCCCACGUACCGAAGAUGGCCGCCACGCUGCAGGAACUGCAGAAAACGGCGCACACGCAUUCCCGCAGGGAGAGUAUGGACACUUCCCUCUCCAGAUUGACUUCCCGGCCGCCGAACCUAAGGCUGGGAAUGGGCCUACCGAUGAGCAGGGUGUACGCUGAGUACUGGGCCGGCAGUCUUGAAUUGCACAGCCUCGACGGCUACGGCACAGACGUGUUCUUGCAGGUGUCCAAGUUGGGGAAUAAAUGUGAGCAACUGAACCUAGAUGGGGUGUAGCAGUUCAAUAUAUUGGGUAGAUAGGUGGGCACACACACACACAUAUAUAUAUAUAUAUACUCCUUGUAAGGAGGAUAUGUGUGUACCCACCUACUUACCAACUGAGAAGGUACCCCACGAUAAGGAGUAAAAAGGAGAAAAGACGGUAUCUACUAGAAUGGAAAAAAAAAGGAAAAAACAAGACAAAAGAUAAAGAACUAGUGGAGCCAUGUAUUAUACUACUUCAUUUGGUUAACCAUUCAUCUCUCGCAGGCGUAUUAUUCGCGGAUGGAGUUCCGAGCUGACUGAGAUACGAUACGGUAACUUGCCAGAAUGGGGAGGGGCAAAAGAGAAAAAUAAAGUCAUGGAAUGUAAAUUCUUCUUCUCUUUCUCAUAUUCUUCCUUUCCAUUCCAUCCGUUUCUUGUUGUGUUUGCUCCGUUCCUUUCGCUUUCUCGCGUCGUCUAUGUGAUUGAUCCUUGCCUUUAACGUGCUGAAUAGGCUUGAUUCGCCUUUUCGUCCUUCGCCCGUUCGUUCUCUUCCUUCGCUUCUUCCUUCGGCCGUCCGUCAUACGAGUGGCUACGCAUCUCGAACAUUGCAGCGUUUCUGGAAGCUGGGAGGAGGAGGAAGAAGAAGGGGAGAGAGCGGAUGGGGGGGGGGGGAACGUGUUUGUUGGAUAAAUUGAGUUACCGCCGUAAUGCUGCUACCCAAGGCAGGUAUCUCAUUUACUUCACGAUUCUUUGUUGUUCGGCAUCUCUGAGAUGGUCCUGUUUUUCGUUAUAGAAGCAUUUCUUUCUGCAUGCAUAGAUGAUCCCUUGUAAAGAUAUCCACUAAUGAUGCCCGCCA